CGAGCGCGAGUGCAAAGGAGGGAGAGAGAACGAGCGAGCGAGCAGGGACUCGGCACUCUCGGCAGCGCUCGCGGCGGCGGUGGUGGGGGAAGCGCCGAGCGGAGCCGAGCGGAGCCGAGCGAGCCCGAAGGAGAGAGGGAGAGCGCGCUAUACGGGAGCGCGCAGUGUCGAGCGAGACGCGCGUAGGAUCGGACGGACGAGAGGAAGCACGACGGUCGUAGCCUCGGUUUUACCGCCGCAUUCUCCGAGCGUUCGUCCCUUCAUACACCAACCAGACGGAGGAGUCGUACACGUUCUGUCGCGCGCGUAUAUCCAUAUACAUCCGCGCUCUUGUGUUUCGCGCCUUGUUCCGUUCGUCUCCUCUCGCGUACUUCGGCUUUCGCGGUGCGUGCGGAAGACAUAUAUAUAUAUAUACACACACAUACACACACACAGUGGGAAUAUAGGGUAAUGGUAACAUCUCGUCUCGAUUCCUUCCGAAAAGCGCGUCCCUCGUGAGUGCGACAGUUGGAUCGAGAGAGGCGUAGGCUCGUAGGAGAAAGACGAGUCCGUCCGUUUUCGUCCUCUUCGCGGCUCAUGUGCCCGCGAGCCGCGGUGACGGAGUGCGCGCAAUUGACGUUAUUUCGAGCGGCGAGGAUUAUUAUUUCUCGGACGAGCAGUGCGCCGGAGGCUCGUAGUUUCCACGCUCGGAAUCGAUUCUCGUUUCGCGCGGCAGAGUGAUCCGAGCGGAAGAGGCGAGACAAGAGCGAGAGAGAGAGAGAGAGAGAGAGCGUUUGUGCGGCGGAGUAAUAUACGGAGAGGAGGAAGAAAUAGAGCGAGGUGUGUUAUUCUCUUCGCUCUAAUAAGAGAGAGUCCGCUCUCGCGAUUAAUAAACAAAAUCUCUAGAGUCGUCCCCGGGAUUCGUAUAUACUUGCAUUCCUAUCCGGGAAUUCAACAGUGGAUGUGAAGUGACAUAGGAGCUAUGGAACGACGCAGAGUGGACGACGACGAUCGCGGUCUUCGGCAUCAGCGAGCGAGCAGCGGCGGCUCCUUCGGCGGCAAGAUGAUGGGCAAGCGUACCCAGUGCUAUCUCUGCGACCUGCCCAGGAUGCCCUGGGCGAUGAUACUGGACUUCUCGGAGCCGGUGUGCCGCGGCUGCGUGAACUACGAGGGCGCCGACCGCAUCGACCUCGUGCUCGAGUCCGCGAAGCAGCUGAAGAAGGCGUACGGCUUCCAAGACGCCAGGCCGUCCGCUUCCAAGACCUACCGCACGGCUGGUCACACGGAGCACAACGGCGGGACGAAUCUAGACGUCCUGCCGAUCCAGAACACCGGACAGACCCACUCGCGCCAUCACAACAUCACCGGGUACUCGCAGCUCCACCACCGCAACUCCAUCACGGAGUUCAAUUCCGGGACCGCCGCGGCCGCGGCCGCCCAGCAGCAGCAGCAGCAGAUCGGCCGCCAGCAGCACGCCGGGGAGGAGACCGGAAGUCACGAGAUGGCGAACGGGAUGAGGAGCAACAACGUGCGGCUGCCCAACGCCCACCUGGCCGCGGUGGCGCAUCACGUGAACCUAGGCCACAAUCGCGGCAUAACCCAGCUGAAGCGCGGCAUCUCGGCGAUCGACGAGGACGAGCACGCCGAGAAGAGGCUCUCCCUGGAAGAGCAGCACCCGGUCAGGCCGCCCCUGACCCGCGGCGACUCCCUUCCAGCGGUCAGCCUCGCCGUCAGCUACGUCCAGGACCGGAGCAAGGAGAAGCAUCCGGUCAGGGCGCCCAGCUUCGAGACGGCUACCACCUUCAAGGCCAACGGGUCGUAUGUCGGACCGUCCAUACCGCUGGCACCGGCCAACGUCGCGGCCAACGGUGGAGGAUCGCCUCUGCGUCCGAGAACGAGUCCUCCACCGCCGCCGCCGCCGACGCAGGAAAGUGCCAACGAUAAUUCGCAGACGAAUCAUCAUCAGAGCUCAGCGAACGGACCGUCACCGAUGGCCGCCCUAAUGUCGGUCGCUGACAAUCUGACCUCGCCGGAACCUGUGCCGCAGCCGCCGAACAACCCAAGUCCCACCAACAGAAGUCCGCCGACAGCCACAACCCCUCAACAAGCACGCAGCGCUUCUAGGGGCUCUCAGCACAGCCCGAACAGUUCAGACAGUUAUGGCUCCACAGGCAGACGGCCCAGUAGUUCAAGGCAGGUGUCCUCGACAACCGUGACGACAUCAUCCGAGGGCGCGGUUGCUCAAGCUGCCGGCGCUGAACCGGUCUCGGCACCGACUCUCAAGUGUACGCUAUGCCAGGAACGUCUAGAGGACACGCACUUUGUUCAAUGUCCCAGCGUGCCGCAUCACAAGUUUUGCUUCCCGUGCAGUCGGGACAGCAUAAAGAGACAGGGUGCUGGAUCCGAGGUUUAUUGUCCGAGUGGCGAGAAAUGCCCGCUGGCGAACAGCCAAGUACCGUGGGCCUUCAUGCAGGGCGAGAUAGCCACCAUUUUGGGCGAGGAUACCGCGGGUACCGGGCUCAAGGUCAAGAAGGAGAGAGAAACUUAAAGACCCUCUUUCAAUGUCGAUUCAGGGCUCAAAUUUUAUGUCCCCCUGUAUACCAGAGGGGCUGUUAUGGUUGGAACCAUGAAGGGUUUCGCCAAACGCUUUUGGUAACGGUGAUAAAGAGUCGUUGGCGAUAAGCGGAGAGAGCCAACGAACGACUCGAGCCAAAGACGUUGUCUGGUGCAGAUUCUCAUGAAGUUGUUAAUGUCA